CGACACCCGCAUUAUUAUUAUUUAUAUCCUUGCCUUUUCAACAUUGACCUUCAGAUCUCUCAAACCUGCGCAUUUACUGGCGCAUCAAGUUAUAAAUUAAACCAGCCUCUAAUAUAUUGUUGAUUUAUUGAUUCAAGGCCAAAUAUUUCCAGCAUGUUCAAGAAAAAACCAACGAUCAAAACACUUUCCCCCCUCCGUUCCUCCGACCGACGCAAAAUUGCCGACCAGAUCAUCAAAGAUUACAAAAUUCCAAUACCCGCAGCUGUUCCAGCAGAAGGAAGCUCGAGCGAUGAGAACCCAGCAACAAAAGAGACAGCUAGCAACCUGACAACAAUCCGAAACGCCAUUCUUCCCGAAAACUCCCUCUCAGCACGCUUCACCACCACCGCAGGCCCGCAACUCCGCGAAGUCCAGGGCACCGUAUACGUAGGCUCCCACCCGGAGUUUGCAGGCGAAGAGCGCAUUCUGUGGUUCAAGCUGGAGCAAGGACCCGGCGCAGAUGGACGGAUAUAUCCUACUGUAUACUCUUUAUGGCACAACCCACGUAUUGUGCCGUUGUUGCAUACGCCAGAGUUGGUGAUGGGGAAGCUUACCGGGGGAGCGGAUUUGAUGACCCCGGGGCUGGUGAAUGGGCCGCCAUUUCCUAGUGGUGCGGUGAAGGGCGCAGCCGUGGCGGUUUCGAGUACGAGGAGUCACACUGUACCGCUUUUUGUGGGUGUGUGUGAAGUUGAUGUUGCGGCGUUGGGGGAGGUGCAGGGGAGUAAAGGGCAUGCGGUGAGGGGGUUGCAUUGGGAGGGCGAUGAGUUGUGGGCGUGGAGCGCAUCGUCGAGACCAGGGCAACUUGCGCCAGAGGUUCUGGAGGGUUGGGAGGAUGAGGUGAAAGAUGUUGAGGAGGGUUUGGAGGAGCUGGACUUGAAAGAAAAGGAAGCAGAGGAACAAGGCGGGGUGGCGUUGAAGGAUGAGGAGGAAGAGGCUGUUGAAAUCGAGCCGGAAAAGGAACCAACAGUUAAAGAGAUUGAGGAGGCUUUUGUCAAAGCUUUUAUAUACUCGCUCUACCAACUCAAGAAGGACAACCCGAAUGCACCAAACCAUGGAUUGAGUCUUCCAGUCCAACCUUCUGCACUGAUCUCCAGUCUCAUCACACCAUAUCUCCCGGUAUACUCAACCCAACAAGCUCAAUAUUACCAAAUCAAACGAACGAGCUGGAAAAACGUCAAAAAGUUCAUCAAACAUCUCGACAAAGAGCAACUAGUCAAAUCCAAAGACAGAAAUGGCCAGGAAACCGUCAUCAUUGAUGUUGAUUUCAACGACUACAGAUUAGCCCAAUUCACCCCCUACAGACUUCCCAACAGGAACAUUGUCGAAAACUCUGGGAAAGCAGUGUCGAAACCGGCACAGGAUGGCAUCGACCCAUCCGUCGGCCAGACAAUCACCGUGCAAAUUCUGUAUAGGCCUACACAAAAACUAACCCCAACAUUCUUCCCAGCACUCCCCACCUCUGACCCCAAAAAUUAUUAUAAAUAUUCCGAAGUCUCCAGCCAUUUAGACGAAUACCUCUCAUCUCAAAACCCGCCACUGAUCUCCGCAACGAACCGACGAAUUAUAAAACUUAACCCAUUCCUCGCAAACAUAGUCUACAAUUCUUCCUCCGCUGACGACCGAGCAGCUCUAGCCCGCGGCGAGGUAACUCGAGAUGGCCUGCUCAAGAGACUCAUAUCUGACGCUUCCCUCCUGAACCCCUACCACGCGAUCCUGAAACAGUCGCAGACGGUAGAAGACGUAAAACCAAAGUCGGGGAGUCCGCCCAAGGUGACGGUGGUGGUCGAAAAAAGGGGGUCGAAUAAAACCGUGACCAAGGUUUCUGGCAUCGAGGUCUUUGGGAUUAUACCCGCCCUGCUGGCUGAGGAACUGCAGAAGAAGUGUGCCUCCAGCACCAGCGUUGCCCAAGCGACUGGUGCGGUGAAGGGGGUGCUGGAGAUUCUGGUUCAGGGGGAUCAGCGGAAUGCGAUUGAGACCGCGCUGGAGAGGAGAGGGGUGAGGGGGCAGUGGGUUGAUGUGGUGGAUAAGACGAAGAAGAAGAAGAAGUAAUGUAACGGAUUCUAUAUAGCAAAAUUGAGUCUAGUAUAAGCACACUCAAUAUCGCCGAUCAAUAAAAUACCUGAAGACGUGGUAACUAAUUGUAUAUAUG